UGAAAAUGCUAAAGAUACAAUAACCCUAAUUUACGCCCUUAACUUUCUGUCACAUUCUAGUGGACUUAAAGUGCUUUGUUUUUCAGUGUCAGAGGAAAAAAGGAAGAGAAAGAGAGAGAAAUGGGAAGCGAUAGCGAAGCAGACAAGACGCAGCAGAAGGAGAAGGAGAGGAAGAAGAUGUUAGCUAUUGCUCCCAUCGCAAAGCCCCUCGCUGGCAAAAAGCUUUCUAAGAAAACCCUCAAGCUCGUCCGCAAAGCUGCUGAGCACAAGUGUUUGAAGAGAGGAGUAAAGGAAGUAGUUAAAAGUAUUCGGCGGGGUCAUAAAGGAUUAUGUGUUAUAGCUGGAAACAUAUCUCCUAUUGAUGUCAUAACUCAUGUUCCAAUCCUAUGUGAAGAGGCUGACAUCCCCUAUGUUUAUGUUCCCUCGAAAGAAGAUCUUGCGACUGCAGGAGCUACCAAGAGACCGACAUGCUGUGUUCUGGUGCUAACCAAGCCCACCAAAGGGGAACUAGGCCCUGAGGAACAAGAAAAAAUAAAGGCCGACUAUAGCCUGAUAGUAGCAGAUGUAUCCGGGCUUACAUCCUCCCUUUUUUAAUUAACAAAAAAAACUUUUGUUGCGCUUGUUACAUAAGAUUUGAUGUUGAAAUUUUCAAUUUUCUCGGGGAAUGUUAUUUACUUAAGAUGAUACUUACUGUAUUAUGCCGCCAUUAACUACUUUGUCACGGGCUAUCUGCUCUCACUAGGGAGGCUCUGGAUCAAAACCUUCUGUUUUACUUAUUUUAUCCCUCUUAGUUUUGUACGGUUGAGUCAAUGGCGCAUGAGGCAAAGUAUAAAUUCUGUUUUUUUUUUUUUUUUGGGUACAUAAGAUAUUGUUGAUUGAAAAUAGGGAAAAAAAUUAUAAAUGUUCAAAUUUAAUAUUCAGAUCGAUUGAAUGUCAUGAUAUGACUA